AUGAUGGGAAUCUCCUCCACCAAGGUCGAACAGUACUGGCCAGUCAAUGGCUGCAAGAAGGACUCGCACUGCUGGCCCGCGCAGAUCAGAGCUUUUGCUGGUUGGCGACAGAGUUCUGCGAGAAAUCUCGCUUGCGAUGGAAAGAAAGGAACCUGCAAGUGCAGAUUGGGAUUUAUGGAUGCUGAUGAUAAUCCGAUGAAUGGAUGUGAGAAGUCGAUCUCUGAGAAAAAGUGCCCCUUUGGAAAAUGCAGAGAAUGGGGCAACAAUGUAGGUCCUGGGGAACAAUGUGGGGACUGGAAGGGACUCUUCUGCGCUCAGGAUGGAUUCUGCUGCGAAUGCAAAUGGGGUCUCAACGAAAAAGGAUACUGUAACACUCAAAAGAACUUCGAGGCUGCUAAAAGUUCUUGCGCCUGCAAACUCGAGUGCGAUCUUUCCGGUGAGAACUGCGACAUCAAAUGUCCAGAUAGCUGCAACACCGACUGCGGUGCUGAUGGCUGUCCCUAUCCAAACAGAUCCAAGUGCGACAAUGGAACCUGUUCUUGCAAAAAUUCAUUCAGUGAAAUAAAUAAAUUCGCUACUUCUGGCAAUGUCCUUGCACAUACGCUUGAGCGUUGCGCUAAAUCUGGCUCUUCUUACAAUUCCGCAGCUCCAGGAUGUACCUGCGAUCUUCAAUGUACUGGAGGCGGACAAGGUCGAGAAUGCGAAGUCUCUUGCUCAGAGUACUGCCCUGGUGCGGCCGUCCUCGCUGUCGAUGAUUAUGGAACUUGCGUCUGUCAGUUUGUCGAUGGCGCUAUUCAAUGCUCUUCCUCUUGUAUCGAAGAAGAAACAACGACGACCACUACAACCACCACAACGACGACAACAACGACAACAACGACCACUGAGGAUCCAUACGAGAGCACCACGACAAAAUACUACACAACAACAUCGCAGUUGUACACAACUGAAGGCACGACCUCUACAACUUCGGACCCUUACUACACACACACGCACACUACAGGCUUAGAUACUACUACAACUGAUUAUAAGGAAACGACCAUGGGUGAUUCGUACGGCGGCAAUCCUUACGCACCAGAAUCGACGAACGCUCCUGCUCCUGCGAGUACAACUAACGCUGAUGAAACAACAACAGAGACAACAACAACGACUGGAACGACAACAACGACAGCCACAUCAACAACCGCAGAAAUUGCCGCCAACAGCACUACUUCGGCAGUGGCUUCCUCGACAGCAGCUCCAAUUGUUGACCCUUAUGCACCUGCAAUGAAUACCACGACUGGAGCUCCUGCAGCUUCGACAACAACUGUUGGAGGUAACAAUCCAUAUGCACCUGACAUGAACACGACCGCCUCUGCAUCGACAAGUGCACCAGGAUCAACCACGACAAAGGACCCUUAUGCAUCGACUACGACUGAUGGCGGAGCGGGACCCGCUCCUGGCACAACAACUGGGGCAGUUUCUAGUACUACUGGUGCCGUUUCUAGCACUACUGGUGCAGCUUCAAGCACAAUGGCUCCUACCACCACAACUCCUGUAUGCAAUUGUACUUGCGAGGUCAUCUGCAACCGAUUUACAAAGAUCGGUGAUGUAAUUGACAAAAAUUGCGAAGUUGUCUGUAGUCCUGGAUGCAGCGAUCCGUCGUGCCCUGGUACAACAACCACUGCUGCCAUUGCUUCAACAACUACUGCGGCUGUCGCGUCUACCACUGCUGCACCUCCCGCAUCUACUACUGCUGCACCCCCCGCUUCGACAACGACGGCGCCUAUUAAUACCAACAUCUGGGGAGGAUGGGGAAUGCUCGCUUGUGCGGACGGUGUUUGGUGCCCAAUGAGCACAUCUUGCCACGAUUCAGCCGCCGGAGCCGUCUGCAUCUGUAACAAUGCUACUGACGUUCUCCACCCAUCUGGUCUAUGCUGCGCUGCUGAAUGCACUGGUGUGAUUGGUUGCGGAGCCGGCGACGCUACUUGUGAGUGUGACUGUGGAUCAGCUGCAACUACUGAACCAGACACUACAACUGCUACAACAACAGCCACUACGACCACGACAUUCACCACGACAACAUCUAGUCAAGCGGCAGUUGUUUCAUCGACUACUGGAGCCUGUACUUGUACUGUAGUCUGCCGAGCAGGUCUUUUGCCAGGAGAUAGUCUCGACCAAAAGUGUAAUGUCGUUUGCACAGGUGAUUGCGGAUCUUCCGCUUCCACAACAGCCGCUCCCGCAUCAACUACAGCCGCUCCUGCAUCAACGUCAGCUGCUCCUGCAUCAACAACUGCAGCGCCAGUCGUGACUACAACCGCUGCUCCAGUCGUAACAACGACUUCCGCUGCUGCCGCCGUGACAACUACUGCCGCGCCACCAGCUCCUCAGCCAAGUGCACCAACCACGACAGCUCCAACUUGUUCAUGCGAGGUUGUAUGCCCAGGCUUAGUUCGUGUAAGUGCUGGAGAUACUAUCGGUAAAAACUGCGAAGUUGUCUGCACUGGAGACUGCACAGAGGCAACUACAACAACUACAGCGUCUCCACUUGGUCUUAUUACUCAGCCACCGACAACAACAACAAAAACUACCACUACUACAACAACAACAACUACUACUACUACUACGACUACUACGACAACAACUACAACCACAACAACUACGACAACUACAACGACGACAACAACUACCACUACUACUACGACAACAACUACGACAACAACUACAACGACGACAACGACGACAACAACAACUACUACUACCACGACGACGACGACAACUACGACGACUACUACCACUACGACAACCACCACAACUACGACUACAACAACUACAACAACAACAACGACGACGACGACAACGACAACAACUACCACAACUACCAGCUCCACUCCAGAUGUACAAACUACGGCGAAUUGCCUAGAUACAUGCACUGUCGAAUGCAGCCGUGAAUUGCCUGGAUUCAUCGAAGAAAGAAACUGUGCAGUUGUCUGUACCAACAAUUGUUCCCGCUCUACAAAGGUCUUCCCAAUUUCUUCUUCCGCAAUGGACCAAGUUUGCCCGGAAAGAUCUCUUCUCCAAGAAAAUCUCGAAUCCGGUCUCCAAUGUGCUGAGCCAAAUGUGGAUCAAUGUACAAGCGCUAACAAAUGCUCCUCGUACGCUACAUGCGAAGAUUUGUGCGAUGUAAGUGGAGAAAGAAACUAUGCUUGUCGAUGCAAACCAGGAUACACUGGAAACGGCGUCAUUUGCGAGCCAAAGAUCUCAGAAGAGACCUGUGACUCAACUAUUCUCAACCAGUUCAAGAACAACCUUCGACCUCUUCCAAUUACUGACGUCUUCAAGCCAAAGGUUCUUUCAGGCCACAACUCCGUUAUGAUCGAGCUUCAAACUCCAAUGAAAAAAUUCCUCCUCGGAAGCAAGAAAUACACAGGUUUCAUCGAAUUCAACCGACAAAACUGUGGCGCCAAAUUCAUCCGUGGUCUCACUCAAGGAUCCGUCAAUGUCAAUAUCUUUGAUACUUACAAUCAAGGCCUCCAGAUGGAUCGAGUUUAUGAUGUUCAGGGGACUAAGGGCGUUUACUUCAAGAAGGCUUUUGGAGAAAGCUCAAUGGCUGUCAUUCAAUACACCAAGAAAAUCGCAAGUCUCAAGGAUUACGCUCUUGAAAACGGUCUUUCUGUCGACCAAAAUGCUUUGGAAGUUGGACAAGUCUUCAAGAAGGGACGAUUUGCUCCACUUCGAGACAUUCUCUACGUCUCUAUCGCUGGCGACAUGGUCAACGAUUCUCCAGCUGGCAUGGCUGAUGCUUUCGCGGAGUGCUUCAAUCCAAAGAACAUCCGACUGAGCCUCUGGAACGAUAGAAUCGACAACGGCGACGAUGACAGAUUCAACGACGACUACAACAUUCUCUCCACAGACGCGACCAAGUGUUACGUAAUGAGCAGAUUUGCCAAGGUCGCCGCUCAGGGCAGUCUUACCUGCUCUGAAGGUGACUUCGCCAGCGUCGUCGACAAUGAAAUGUCUUACUGUACAAUCAGAAAGUAA